GAAACUGGUCUCGUCCGGAUUCCCAGCCAGUCGAGACAAGAUCACUAGGCUCCAGGCCUGGACAGCGGCGCCGUGGCUCUAUCUAUGCGCACAGACUCAACUUGGAAUGCGGCGUGCCCUAAUUGUGACACACACUACCUUUGUUCGGUUCGGCAGCUAUGCGAGCCUCGUGCUGUCGCCCUAUAAAGCCCGUGCCCACUGUCUUACGGCAAGUUAUUUGCGUGUACCACAGCAUCGAUUCCCAGGUGCGAGUGGCUCAUGAUGAACAAGCUUCCAUUGUCAGGCAGCGAGAUAGAAGAAUUUUUCGCCCGAGCCUCCGAAGAGGACGCGUAUGAUCUUCUCUGCAACUCAAUCCCGACGCACCACAAUGCGUAUGACGAAGAGCAAGAGGCUGCUCGGCCCUUCCUACCUCUAGGCACGCCCCCCGAGGCCACCCUCGGACUCCACCCCUCCGCCUUGGUCGAGACCGUGGACAGGAAGCUGAAAGAGCUCAAUGACCAGCGACUCGCCAUCUCGCGAUCCAUCUGCGAAUACAAACGGCUGCGCAACUCCGCCGCGCGGCUGCUCGUCAAGGUCUUCCUUUAUGCGCCCGAGCGCAUCCUCGCCGUCAGCCAGGUCUCCGCGGAGUGGCGCGCGCGAGCGCGCGCCACUCCGCGCCUGUGGACGGACAUCCCGCUCCGGCAGCGCCAGCUCGCGGAGCUGUUCCUCGCGCGGUCUGGCGACGCGUGUGUGCGCUACCAGAUCAGAGAGCUCGCUCUGUCGGCGGCCUAUCCUCGACUGGAGGAUCUGCAGCGCGUGCUGUUGUUGGGGCGCCUGAAGAGUCUGCAUGUAGAGCUGGGGGACGUGCGGGAGCUGCAGCUUUUGCUCGAGGCCCUUGGGGGGCCUGCGCCGCAUCUGGAAGAGAUACAGCUCCGGUUCACUGAACCCGAUCUCAGUUGGCUUAUGGGUCCCGCUGACACCCUCAGCAGACCCACGCUCUUCGACGACGUGACGCCAAGACUGCGAGUGCUUGUGCUGGAUUCUAUCGAUGUCUAUUGGACGUCUGGCGUCUUCGCUAACCUCACCAAGUUGGACGUCGGUCGCCAGCUGCGCCACUUGCACCCCGAUGUGGACGACUUUCUUGAUAUCCUCGAAAGAUGUCCGCUCCUGGAACAACUGUCGUACCGCUGUUGGAUCCCCAACUUCAACAUUGAUCGACUCCAACCAUACUCAGGCCCUGCGCCGAGGCGACGACAAUCGCGCUAUCGCUCGUGCCACGAAAGUGGACAUGUCGAUUUUCCUCUCGAUAUGCUGCCCCCGGACACGAGUCGCAUCCCAGCGCUUUCGAACAUCCGUUCACUCGACAUCGAACCCGCUCUCCCCCAUCAGCUCAAUCUCCAUCUCGGCCCGAACGCGUUCAAGGGAUGGAUCUGGUCCAGGCCCUUGUCAUGCACCUUGAGGUUGCUCGGCUGUGACUUCGUGUCGUUCGUGUAUCGAGACGUAUUCCAGAAGCUCGACAUACGACGACUGGAGUCGCUGACGAUUCGUGAUCUGGAAGUGAUCUGGACAACUGCGGAAUCGAGCCGCAUAUCUGGCCGCUCUACCUGCGCAUGGCCAAGAAUCUUCGGUAUCUGCGCCUGAUCGACGUCUCCUCGCCCGAUAUACUCACCGCCCUACGCACUGCACCGUCCUGGGACGAUGACGUGUUCUGUCCAUGCCUGAGUGAGCUGGCUCUCGUAGGAGGGUCGGGUGGGGAUGGGUUAGUGCCCGAGCUUGAGGCGUACUUACACUACCUUUCUAAGGAAGGGAGAGCGUUGACGACAGUGACAUUGGUUGGUGCAUUUUCUGACGAAGCUGUUCAUCGGCUGGCGUCCAUAGGUCCUGAGAUCGAUAUGUGGCCUUCUGCUGGCAAGAUCAUCGUGUCAUAGCCGUACUCUGGCACGUACCAGUAGUGCUUACGGGUUGGUACCUUGUAUGUAGCUACUAUGACACUCAUUCUACGAGUGUCUGACUCAGACGUCUCUGGUGCAUGACAUAUAUAUCCACAGGAUUCAUGUUGCCUCAUUGGUCAGAGCGC